AUGGAAGAGAAGAAGCAGUUGGAUUUCAAUCGCCCGCUUAUAUCCGUUAGACGACCUACACAACAAACUUCAGAAACAGAGAGCAAAACAAGAUCUUCUGAUUCAGUAACCAACAACAAGAAGAAGAACAUGCCUCCUCCUUCUCCACCGGUUUACAAAUCCGAUAUCAAGUCAGGUCCUGUGAGAAAUCCAGGAACUGUUCCUUUUCAAUGGGAACAUAAGCCCGGAAAACCGAAAGAAGACGAAAACAAACCGGAUUUACAAUGCUUUGUGGAGCCACAUUUUGUUCCAAAGCUUCCUCCUGGGAGGAUUAUAAACGGUAGAGAUCGUGAAGCUAAUCAUCAGACCAAAACUAAUGUGGAUACAUAUCAUGUGGAGGAUGCAAAGAGUUAUAGUUCACGUAAUGUUAGUGGUUUGGAUAGUCCGGGGAUAUUAGUAGAGCCAUUUGGAACUUUAUCGAGUGAUCGACAAACUCAGGAUCUAAUGAUGGGGAGAUUCUUGCCUGCAGCUAAAGCUUGGACUUCAGAAACAACACCUCCACAUCUUGCUAGAAAACCGCCUAAACCAGAAGAACCGAUGAGGCAAGUGACGAAGAAGGAGAAACAGAACAAAGUUGAGCGAAAUCCGUAUCGAUUUCAUCAUUCUCCUGAUCAACAAGAGGAAGAUGGAAACAGGAGUAGCAUUAUGGCUUAUGGUGUUUGUGGAUUACUCCCUCAGAUAUGUAUGAGAAGCUCUUUCGGAGUAUUGAAUCCGGUUCCAUCUGCGAGAAUGCAGGCACAGAGAGCUGUUUCUGUUCGUCGUAUGCGGUCUAAGUAUCAAGAUUCUAUGAAUGAAACUGUGAAUGAAGAUAAAAGGAAGCAGAAACUAAAUGGAUCAGUUGCACAAGAGACUGCAUUACAAGUAUCUUCUAGUCCAGAAGGAAAGGAAAAACUCGAGAGCUUUAGCACCAGCGCGACUUCACGCCCGAAAAUCAGCAAAAACUUUGGUGAGCUCUUGGCUAGUGAGGAUACUGCAUGGAAUUCUUCGUCCGAGGCUCCAGUGGAAGAGAAAACUCUGUAUGUAGACACUGUGCAUUCAGUAGAUAAGAAGGUACAAGAAGAGUCCAAGGAACAAUCUAUAUCAAAAGAGUAUCCUUCACUAGAUGUUGUUCCUGUGAAAGAUGUUCAGAAGUUGAUUGGAGCUUGUGAAGAAGAAGAAGCGAUCUCACCGCCUAAAAGCAGCACCGAGGAAAUGAAUGCUAAAAGAGAUGAGGAGUUCAUUGAAUUCUCAAGUCGAAAAGUCGAAGAAUGUCCUGAUCAAGAUAUUGUUGCAGAUAUUAUUACAAAGGAGAAGAAGAUUGAUCUUGAAGUACAAGUGCAGCGAAACACAACAAAUCUUGAAAGCUCAAGGGUUCAACAUCGUUCCUCUUAUCACAUUGUUCCUCCACCACCAUUACCAAAAGCUCCUUCAGAUUCUUGGUUAAAGCGUACAUUGCCAACAAUCCCAUCAAAGAACAAUUCAUUCACAUGGUUACAGUCUCUUGGCUCUGAUGAUAAUCACUUCACCAAAACUCAAGCAAAUCCCAAGUGGGAAACUAUGGUCAAAACUUCCAAUACACAACAAGGCUUUGUGUGCUUCUCCAAGGUCUCCAAGGAGACACUCAAUCCUAUACCAGAGGCAUAA